UGCCAUUCAAGACGACAUCCUGCUCUUGAUCACGGUGGUCCAGACGGCAUAUUGGAAUCAUUCCCUACUGGAUGCCUGAGGUGUUCAGUGCGGAAGAAUGAAUGAUAUGCAAUGUGAUUGGCCGAAAAUAACGGGCGCUAACGGGAGUCGGAGUCUUUCGGCACUGCCUUAGGAUCCCUCCAACUUUGUCCCAGUUAAACCCAGCCUAAGUUCAGUGGGUGCUAAAGCAACGAGAUGCGCACAGCGAGGAUGUGACAUUGCUUUCCUAGAGCUGUGCAGGCUCCCAUCAACAACAGCAGGGAUGUCGCAGAAGCGCAAGCGACCUGCCGAUUCCGACGCAGAGGGCAGCAGCAGCGACGACAUCUAUCGUUCGGAGGCAAUCGAAGACCGCACCUCCAGAUUCAUCGGCUACUUUUCGCCCACAUUGAAACCGGAAGCUCUGCAAAACCAUGCGGAAUUCGCGAGCGCAAGCCACAAGAUCCUGGCAUGGCGCCGAGAGAGCAAUCAACAAGCCAUUACGGGCCGGACGAACUACGUCGUGGGCCACGACGACGACGGGGAGAAGUACGGGGGCAAGAAGGUCGAGAAGGUGCUGGAGAGCAUGCAAGUGGUGGGGGCAUGUGUCGUUGCACGGUGGUACGGAGGGGUCAUGUUGGGUCCCGUACGCUUCACUCAUAUGGAGGAAUGCGCAAAGGGAGCAGUGCAGAAAUGGAAGGAUUCAUUAGUGGAGGAGAGGGCGAAGAAGCGCAAAGCGGAGGAGGAUGCGGGGGAGAAGGCGAGGCUGGAGGUGCUGCUACCGCAGCGGGAUGAGAGCAUCGUGGUAUUAAGGAAGUUGGCGGCGCAGAGGGAGAGUGAGGUCAAGACGGCGGAAGCAGGCGGUGGUGGUGGUGGUGAGGCUGUCGAGGAUCAGGCCGCCUCGGCUCAGAGUGUCGCGUCGCCCGCUAAGCCGACGAUGAAUUACACGAGUCUGCCGGUGGAGAAGCUAAGGACCCUCGACAAGGCCAGGGAUGCAACGCUGGCGUUUCUGCUCAAACGCAUUGACGGGGCCGAAGCUGCUUUGGUGAGGCUGCGGAAGAAAGAUGAGAAGGCGGGCGAUGGGAGUGGGUGAAGCUCAUGCAGAAGGCUGCGUGUCGAGCCUCGCGUCUCACCCACGCCACCAUGUUCUAGCUUCGACCGAAUGCGAUUGCAAAGCAACGUACUGAAUCGAAUGAAAUGAUGACAACAGCACAUGCCGCAGCAGCACGCGUGCACAUGAAGGCACGAAGAAAAGUCGAGUCAAAAGGUGUUUCUGAUUACUUGAGAAGAAAGGCGAGCCGGGGUCGAGGUGCCUGGCGCUAGGCCGCAAGCAGACCUUCUAGAAUUCGGAUUUGCAAUCGCGUCA